CAUAUCUACGUAGUCUAGUUCAUCGUUUUGUUGAACAUCGUUUUUUCAAAUGGUUUAUUAUUAUUAGUAUAAUAGCUAGUUGUACAACUUUAGCUUUAGAAGAUGUAAAUACACGACAACAACCAACAUUUUCCAAAGUAUUAGCUAUAUUCGAUAAAAUUUUUGCAGUUAUUUUUGUAAUUGAAUUAAUAUUAAAAUUGUUUGCAUAUGGAAUAAAAAAUUAUUUUACAAAUGGUUGGAAUUGGUUAGAUUUUAUUUUUGUAGUUGCCAGUAUCCUUGGAAUUGUUCUUAAUAUAUUUGAUGUAGCUGAUAUUCCAGUAUUUAAAUCAAUGAGAACAUUAAGAGCAUUACGUCCAUUAAAAACAAUGUCAAGAUUUGAAGGAAUUCGAAUUGCUGUUAGUGCAUUAUUUGGUGCUAUAUCAUCAAUUUUUAAUGUUUUACUUGUUUGUCUUGUAUUUUGGUUGAUAUUUUCAAUUAGGGGUGUACAAUUAUUUGGUAGAAAAUUUUAUAAAUGUCUCUAUGUUGAUACACAUGAUCGUGUUAAUAUAUCAGAAAAUAUAACGAAUAAAAUUGAUUGUUUAAAUAAAAAUUUUACAUGGGAAAAUUCACGAAUUAAUUUUGAUAAUGUUCUUAAUGGUUAUUUAGCUUUAUUUCAAAUUGCAACUUUCAAUGGUUGGCUUGAAAUAAUGGCUGAUGCAACCGAUGCUAAAGAAAUAGAUGCUCAACCAGAAUAUGAGAUUAAUGUUUAUAGCCUUGUUUAUUUUGUUUUAUUUAUUAUAUUUGGUUCAUUUUUAACUCUCAAUUUAUUUGUUGGUGUUAUUAUUGAUAAUUUUAAUGAACAAAAACGAAAAUUAAGAGCUAAUGGUUCAAUAGAUAUACUUAUGACAGAAGAUCAAAAAAAAUAUUAUAAGGCUAUGAAAAAAAUGAGUAAUAAAAAACCAACUAAAGCAUUAUCAAGACCAAGAUUUGCUCUUGCAAGAUUUCUUUUUGAUUUAACAACAAAUCAAAAAUUUGAUACAUUUAUAAUGAUAUGUAUUUUUCUUAAUAUGCUUUGUAUGUGCCUUGAACAUUAUAAUCAAAGUGAUACUUAUGAUCUUGUUCUUGAAUAUAUUGAUCAUUUUUUCGUUGCAAUGUAA